AUGUCGCCGCGUUCUAUUCUCAAAGCUCGUCAGCAGAGAGACCACAGGAUCCAACCCCCGCCAUCACUUUUUGAGCCUUUUCCGUUCGCAGCAUGCACAACGUUCAUGCUCACCCCCCAUGUCCACUUCCCGCCUACCCCUGCUCUCGUGUCUACCCAUAGCACACAUUCUCCUACGUCCUACGAUCGCACCUCCAUCGUAGUGGCACCCAAUUCGUGCGCUCUCCCAGAUCGCCACGACAGAGUCUAUGCUCCCAGCCCAGAGAGUCUGCUACAAACAGAGGUUAAAGGAAGUUAUUUCCACCCUCGUGCUUUCGAGGCUUGUGAACCAGAGCCAUCAGAGUACAUCCCCUCACAUCUCCGCCCCCCACCUCUUAUACCCGAUACCUCGUCCGAGUCGGACGAAUCAGACGGACCCAUAACCAAUACCCCCAAUAUCCGUGCACUUUGUACCCCAUGCCAGCGAU